AUGGUUGUCCGAUCACUUGACAUCAAAAAAGAUCAUUUUCGUCCUCAAGAGGAUGAUGAAGAACUCCUUGGUCCUGAAGUGCCCUAUCUUAGUGCGAUUAGUGCUCUUUUGUAUCUUACAAAUUGCACAAGAUCUGACAUAAUUGUUCCAGUCAAUUUAUUAGCAAGGUACAGUUCUGCACCAACCCACAGACAUUGGAAUGGAAUUAAACACAUAUUGCGAUAUCUUCGUGGCACAACUGAUAUGAGAUUGUUUUAUUCAAAGACGCCAAAUUCUCAAUUAAUUGGAUAUGCAGAUGCUGGUUAUCUCUCUAACCCACAUAAAGUUUAUUCACAAACAGGAUAUGUGUUUAAAUGUGGUGGCACUGCUAUAUCAUGGCGUUCUAUGAAACAAACAAUGAUUACAACUUCUUCAAAUCAUUCUGAGAUACUCCCAAUUCAUGAGGCAAGUAAGGAAUGCAUUUGGUUGAAGUCAAUGAUCCAACAUAUUCGAACAACAUGUGGUCUCUUAUCAAUAAAAAAAAGUCCAACAGUAUUAUAUGCAGAUAAUGCGGCAUGCAUUGCACAGAUGCAAGAAUGGUAUAUUAAAAGUGACAUGACCAAGCACAUCUCACCAAAAUUCUUUUAUGCACAUAAACGCCAAAAAAAGAGUGAUAUUGAUAUUCAAAAGUUAUGUUCAUUUGAAAAUUUAGUAGAUCUAUUCACUAAAAUGCUUCUAACUAUAACAUUCAAGAAGCUGGUGCAUAACAUUGAAAUGCGUCAACUAAAUGAUCUUUAG